GACUCCUCCUCCUGACUGGUGAGCGUGCGCAUUGCUUCAUUCCCUUCCUUGCUGUUGAACUGUGUGUAGCGUUUCGUUUCCUCCUGAAAGCGCUCUCUUGCUGUUUUGGUUUAUUUUCUAUCUGUAAUUUAUCAGUACAUCUGUCUGUUUAGAAAGUCUGUAAGUAUUUCUGAUAGUUUUCACCAAGCACCGUUUUUAUCUCCACUCCGGGCGAUCUCUCUGACCAUUUACUUUAUUAGCUCCUAGCUUAGCUUCUCUUAGCUACACUUGCUAACGAUGGCUUCCCCCCGGUCGCCUGCUUCUCCUGCUCGCUUCUGCUCAGUGUGUCAGAUGUUCAGUUACUCCUCGUCCUCCUUAGACGAUAACGAUACCUGCUUUAAGUGUAGUUUAUUCUUAGCUCUGGAGACGAGGAUUACAGAGUUAGAAAAGCGGCUCCGCACCGAUGCUAGUGUAGCGAUAGCCAGCCAGGACUCGGUAGCCGGUGCGGGUCGGCCUAGCUUAGCCUCCCCCCGGCGAAUCCCGAGCAGCCGGGAUGUAGUAGUGGUUGGGUCACUGUGAAAGGGAAGCAUAGCAGUAGACCUAAGAAGCCCACGGUAGACCACCACAUUCACACUUCAAACAAAUUUGCCCCUCUCAGCAACACACCUGCUGAGCCUGACGCUCUUGUGAUUGGAGACUCUGUAGUCCGAAAUGUGAAAUUAGCGAAGUCAGCGGCCAUAGUUCAGUGUCUCCCGGGGGCCAGAGCGGGCGACAUCGAAGGUAGUUUAAAACUGCUGGCAAAGGCUAAACGUAAAUUCCGUAAGAUUGUAAUACAUGUCGGCAUAAAUGACUCCCGACGCCGCCAGUCGGAAGUCACUAAAUUGAACGUGGAAUCGGUGUGUGAAUAUGCCAAGACCAUGUCGGACUCCGUAGUUUUCUCUGGUCCCCUGCCCGAUCAGACAACUGAUGAGAUGUGUAGCCGUAUCUCAUCAUUCAACCGCUGGCUGUCGAGGUGGUGUCCGCAAAACGGCGUGAGCUUCAUUGAUAAUUGGAAGUCAUUUUGGGGCAAGCCUGGUCUGAUUAGUCGGGACGGCAUUCAUCCCACCCGAGAUGGAGCGGCCCGUUUAUCCAGAAAUCUGGCCGAUUUUAUUAAUCCGAACCACUGACAAUUCAAAGCAGAGAUCAGGGAGCAGGGCCGCAGUCUUACACGCCCCCUGCGCCUCUUUUAGAGCAGCCUCCCAGCCACUACCACUUAUACACAGAGACAAGGGAGCAGAGCCGCAGUGUAAAACGCCCUUCUGUACUCCCUUCAGAGCAGCUUCCAAGCUACAAUCAGCUUGACUUAGAAAUCAGGGAGCAGAGCCGCAGUGUAAAACGCCCCUCUGUACUCCCUUCAGAGCAGCUUCUAAGCUACUCUCAGCUUGACAUAGAAAUCAGGGAGCAGAGCCACAGUGUAAAACGUCCCUCUGUACUCCCUUCAGAGCAGCUUCCAAGCUUCUCUCAGCUUGACAUAGAAAUCAGGGAGCAGAGCCACAGUGUAAAACGUCCCUCUGUACUCCCUUCAGAGCAGCUUCCAAGCUACUCUCAGCUUGACAUAGAAAUCAGGGAGCAUAGCCACAGCUCUACACGUUCCUCUGUACUUUUGUUAGAGCAGCCUCCUAGCUACUGUCACUUUAAUAUAGAGACUGUGUCUGUCCCUCGUACUCGGCUCUCAAAUUCUAACCGAUCAAUUAAAAAAGGAGUAAAUAACAAAAACCUUACUAGAAUUAAGACUGUUAACAUAGCUGAACCAAGUACUAGUAAGAUAAAAUGUGGCCUACUGAAUAUAAGGUCUCUAAAUUCAAAAUCUGUGUUAAUAAAUGAACUAAUCUCUGAUCAUCGCAUUGAUUUACUCUCCCUAACCGAAACAUGGCUGCGUAAGGAUGAAUAUGUAAGUUUAAAUGAAUCCACUCCUCCUAGCCACCUAAACUUUCACAUUCCUCGAGACUCCAGCCGAGGUGGUGGAGUUGCAGCUAUCUACAAUUCCAGUCUUAGAAUUAACCCAAGACCAAAACUAGAUUAUAACUCUUUUGAAAGUCUCGUUCUCAGUCUCCCGCACCCAGCCUCAAAGUCCAUGAGACCACUGGUAUUUGCUAUAGUUUACCGCCCUCCGAGCCCAUACUCUGAGUUUUUGUCAGAGUUCUCAGAGUUCCUAUCCGAAUUAGUCCUUCUCGCAGAUAAAGUCAUCGUCGUCGGUGACUUUAAUAUUCACAUAGAUGUGGAAAAUGAUAGCCUAAGCAUUUCUUUUCGGUCCUUGCUAGAUUCAAUUGGGUUUACACAGUGUGUACAUAGACCUACGCACUGCUUUAACCACACUCUCGAUCUCGUCCUGGCUUAUGGCCUCGAAACUGAUGCCCUGUUAGUCAGCUCAUUAAAUCCUCUAUUAUCUGAUCACUGUCUAGUAACUUUUGAAUUUGUGCUCUCAGGUUACUCUCCUCACAACAAAGUCGUGCUAACUAGAAGGUUGUCUGAAAAUGCUGUGACUAAGUUCAAGGAGGUAAUUCCGUCUGCUCUAAAUUCUGUAGUUGAGAAAAACUUUACUGAUAGCUCAUAUUUAAACAUCAGUCCCUUGCAACUCGACCAGUUUGUUGAUGAUACCUCAGGCACACUGCGAUCAGUUCUAGACUCAGUUGCCCCUCUUCGACAGAAAACUAUUACACGCGAGAGGCUAGCCCCGUGGUAUAAUGCUGAAACCCGUGAGCUGAAACAGUUAUUAAGAAAAUGUGAAAGGAUUUGGCGCUCCUCCAAAACAGCUGAAGCUCGUUUUCUCUGGCAGGAAUGUCUCGAUAAAUAUAAGAAAGCCCUACGACGUGCUCGGACAACCUACUACUCGUCUCUUAUUGAGGAAAAUAAGAAUUACCCCAGAUAUCUCUUCAGCACUGUAGCCAGGCUGACAGACUGUCCGAGCACCACUGAACCAUGUAUCCCAUUAGCCCUUAGCAGCAAUGACUUCCUGAGCUUCUUCAAUGAUAAAAUCUUAAAAAUAAGAGGUAAAAUUAGUAACCUAUUGACUCCACCAAGUGUCUCUCUCUCAGAUAACCCUAAAAAUGUUGAGGAGCCCCUAAGGCCUAUGGUGCACCUUAGUAAUUUUGUACCUAUUGACCUUCCUGAGUUAAAAUCAGUGGUGCUAGCAGCCAAACCAUCGACGUGUCUCUUAGACCCAAUUCCAUCUAAAUUGCUGAAGGAAACUCUUCCUUUGAUUAGUACGUCCCUGCUCAAAAUGAUUAACACGUCUUUAUUAACAGGAUAUGUUCCCCAGUCUUUCAAGACUGCAUUGAUUAAGCCUCUCCUUAAAAAACCUACUCUAGACUCAAGCUCCCUAGCUAACUAUAGACCAAUAUCCAACCUUCCUUUUAUUUCUAAAAUCCUAGAGAAAGUUGUUGCGAAUCAACUCUGUGAUUUUCUCCAUAACAAUGGUUUAUUAGAGGAUUUCCAGUCUGGGUUUAGAACCCAUCACAGCACAGAGACUGCUCUGCUAAAGGUGUCAAAUGACCUACUCAUGGCCUCAGACAAUGGUUUUCUCUCUGUUCUAGUCCUGUUAGAUCUUAGUGCAGCAUUUGACACAAUUGACCACUCCAUCCUGCUUCAGAGACUAGAACAAUCUAUAGGCAUAGCAGGAUCAGCUCUCUCCUGGUUUAAAUCGUACCUAACAGAUCGAUCCCAGUUUGUCAAUGUAAAUAAUAAAUCCUCUGCACACACCAAAGUGUGCUACGGUGUGCCGCAAGGGUCAGUGCUCGGUCCAAUCCUCUUCACCCUGUAUAUGAUUCCGCUGGGUAAAAUUAUGAGGAAGUAUUCGAUUAAUUUCCACUGUUAUGCAGAUGACACCCAGCUAUACCUAUCCAUAAAGCCAGAGGAAGCAGGCCAGGUUGCUAGGUUAGAAGCCUGCCUCAAAGAUAUAAAAUCCUGGAUGACCAAUAACUUUCUAAUGCUCAACUCAGACAAAACUGAAGUUCUGGUCCUCGGUCCUAAACACCUUAGAGAGGCGUUCUCUAGUAAUUUAGCUACAUUUGAUGGUAUCAGCCUGGCAUCCAACCCCACUGUGCGUAAUCUAGGAGUUGUAUUUGAUCAGGAUUUAUCUUUUAGCUCCCACAUUCAACAAAUUUCUAGGACAGCCUUUUUCCACCUGCGCAAUAUCUCAAAAAUUAGACGCAUAUUGUCUCAGAGCGAUGCAGAAAAACUAGUCCAUGCCUUUGUUACCUCUAGGCUGGAUUACUGUAAUUCUCUCCUAUCAGGCUGCUCUAGUAAGUCAUUAAGGACUCUUCAGCUGGUCCAAAAUGCAGCAGCUCGGGUAUUGACUAGAACUAGUAGAAGGGAGCACAUCUCCCCUGUUUUAGCCUCUCUUCACUGGCUCCCUAUUAAAUAUAGAAUUGAGUUUAAAAUCCUCCUUGUGACAUAUAAAGCGCUUAAUGGCCAGGCGCCAUCAUAUCUCGACGAGCUAGUUAUACCGUACUUUCCAUCUAGACCGUUACGCUCACAGUCUGCAGGUCUGCUCGUUGUACCAAAUGUCUCUAAAAGUAGUGUUGGAGGAAGAGCUUUCAGCUACCAGGCACCUCUCCUCUGGAAUCAUUUACCGCUCGAGGUUCGGGGGGCAGACACACUCUCAACUUUCAAGAGUAGACUUAAAACGUUCCUCUUUGAUAAAGCCUAUAGUCAGGGCUGAUUUGAACCAGCUCUUAGUUAUGCUGCUAUAGGCCUAGACUGCCGGGGCUAUCUGGCACACUGAGCUAGAAUCUGUCUCUAUCUCCUCUUUAGAUCUUUAUGUCCCAUAUAAGUCACUGACCAGUUUUCUGUCUCUCUGAGUGUCUCUGAGUCUUUUAGCUGCCACUGGACUAAUGCUGCAAACGGUCUGCUGCGGAACUGCCUGACCCCAGCUGCAUCCAUCCUGGGCCCUGAGCUCCUCCAUCUCUUUGGCUCUUUGGCUUCUCUGGACCGUUGCUGCAGAGACCCCCCCCCCCCCGGCCCUGAGCUCCUUCUUCUCUCUGAUUCCUCUGGACUGUUACUGUUACUGCAGACAUGAACAUCAGCCUCACUGUCAUUAUUGACAUACAAAAUAGAACUGACUACGAUUAAGCCUGCUAACUGUAAUCACACUCAAUUAAUUCAACAUUGUCCAUUAUUUCUCAUAUCCUAAACCUGUAAACUGAACGUCCUUUUGUUUCACCAUUACAUGAGCUGUUGUCGUUGUUGCUGUUGUUCCUGCUGCCUCCUGUCUCUCUCUCACCCUCGUUCCCUACUCUCUCUCCCUCCCCCUCCCUCUCCGUACUAAUUCUCUCUCGCCUUUCCCCUAUCUUGCUGUCUCUCUCCCUCCCCCUGUCCUCUCCCCCUCUCCCCUCUUCUCUCUACAUUCCUCCCCAACCCAGCAGCGGCAUGGUGGCUGUCUAGCAUGAGUCUGGUCCUGCCCAAGGUUUCUGCCUGUUAAAAGGAAGUUUUUCCUUGCCACUGCUACUCAUGUUAGUUGAGAUGGGCCAAAACCCAUCUUAGGUUGGUUCUUGAUCAUCAAACAAUGAGCGUGGUCUCGACCUGCUCUUGUUCUUUGGAAAGCGUCUUGAGAUGACGACUGUUGUGAAUUGGCGCUAUAUAAAUAAAAUUUGAUUGAAAUUUGAUUGAUUUG